GGGACCCAAAGUCGAACAAAAUAAAGGUACUCUUUUGCUGUUCUUUCAUAAAUCGAAAAUCAUAUUUUGGUGGGUAUUUUUGCCUCUCUUCAGCUUUAAUUCCGUCCUUCAUUACUCGUCAUCAAAGUUAUUUCAGUUUUCACCCUCAGAAAAAGGCAAAACAAAGGCGACUCUUUGGGCUGCAACUAAGUUCCAAUUACCAACAAGUGCUCCAAUAGCUCAAGUUCCUAAUAGCUAUAGGUUGUUUUAGUACGUUAGAUGCUGGCCGGUAGAAGGUCGUUGUGCUUUGAAGAGAAAACGAUGGAUUUCUUAUGUCUUUGAGUAGGUUAGUCUUUUUCCGACUAUGAUGGUUCGUUUUCUGCAAUUUCGGGACAUAAUACUCGGCUGGCCAAGUAUUGAGCCUUGUCUUGCCAUCCUCUGCAGAAUUUUGAAGGUGAACAAUAACAGAGAUUGGAACUUUUAGUCUCUGUAGUCAUUAGUGCUUAUGAUCACGAGAAGAAAUAAACAAUUAUGGGAAUUUUUGGAUGUUAGCAUGGAAUGAUAAGCUAAUAUGCCUCCUCCUCUGGUCGAUGUUUUUAUUGUUGCUUCUUGCACAUUGUCAAGUCUGAAUCAGAGCAGCAGCCAUAGUAGUUUCAAGAAUGUUGCACUAGAAAAUAGCGCGGAAGCUUUGACGCAGAUCGUGUAGUCUUGAGGUCCACAGCUUGAGAAUUCCUUGGCUUCGGCAUCUACCUAGUUUGUCCGACUAUUAAUAAUUAGUACUAGUCAACUUGCUAGCUCCACGUGUGGACUGGAAGCAGAAAAACUGAAUGAAAUCUACCACACACGGAAGAAUUCUUCAAAUAAUGAAAGCUGAAGGAGAGCAGGCGUAGCGUAUGCGAUGAAAGUCAAGCUGCUCCAUUUGUCCAAAGAGUGGCAUGCGAUUGCUACAUGGACUUGGGAUGCGCAGGAUGAAACAUGUGGGAUCUGUAGGAUGGCCUUUGACGGUUGUUGUCCUGAUUGUAAACUUCCGGGGGAUGAUUGCCCACUUAUUUGGGGAGUAUGCAAUCAUGCAUUCCAUCUACAUUGCAUCUUAAAGUGGGUGAAUUCACAAACUUCUCAAGCACAUUGUCCGAUGUGCCGCCGCGAAUGGCAGUUUAAAGGCGAAGCAAAUUAACUACAUUUUGAUGGAUCUUCUUCAACCUUUUUAUUUCUGGUGUCUUAACUCUAUCUCUCUUUAUUUGCAACUGGGUCCCUAUACUUCAUUUUCAUAUAGUUUGGCCCUCCAAUAUUGCAUGUUUAUAGAUGGGAGCUCCUAACUAAAAAACCAUAAGAGCAUUUCGUAGUUUAUAAUUUUCUCUA